CGCUUGUUGAAGUCAACACAAGUUCACCUAGUGGCCAGCGAUUAGCUAAUCACAAUGGCUGCUUUUAUGAAACUGACAUGUUUAGCCAUCCUAUUGAGCAGCACCUACGCCGGCAUCCUCCAUGGUCACCAUCACGAUGACCAUUCAUCGGGUGGAUACCCCUCACAUCAUUCAUCAUCCAGCUUCUCUCCCAGCAGUUUUCCCGCUGGAUCACUACCAUCAGCCACUUAUUCUGGUUCAGGCUUAAGCCACGGUGACUACUCUCAUGGCAGCAGCAUCCUUGACACUUCAUUGUCUGGUUCUCAUGGACACCACGGAUUUGGUGACUCUGGAUACAUUGGUUCCUCUAUUGGAGGUGGUCACGGAUUCAGUGGUAGUCACGGAUUGAGCGUUGGUUCCGGAUUGGAUAGCCACGGACUAGGUGGUUCCGGAUUAGGUGGCCACGGACUAGGUGGUCACGGAUUGGGUGGUCACGGAUUUGGUAGUGGUUCUGGAUUGGGUAGUGGUUCUGGAUUUGGUGGCCCCAGCUACAGCAGCGGAUCUUUAAUUGGAUCACCCAGUAUCGGCAGUGGACCUGGAAUCGGUGGACCCAGUUUUGACGGUGGCUCUGGAAUCAGCGGUGCUGGUCUCGGUGGACCCGCUCUUGGUGGACCCGCUUUUGGUGGAUCUGGACUCGGAGGGCCUGGUUUGACUGUUCCCGGAGGUGAUGCUCCACCCCCAGGUGCCAAAGCCCCUGUCAUUGAAGAGAUCCACGGUCUUGCUAAUGGCAACGGUGCUCCUACUCAAUACCGCAUCCGUGAGGAGCCCUACCAAGUAUUCAGGGAAGUUACCCACAGAGUGCCCCAACCUGUGCCUUACCCCGUGCCCCAGAGGGUCGAGAUCCCGGUACCCCAGCCCUACCCCGUUCAAGUUCCAGUCGUCAAGAAUGUGCCAGUGCCAGUCGUAAAGAUUCAGCAAGUAAAGGUUGACAAACCAGUGCCCUACCCCGUCGAGAAGAUCGUGAAGGUCCCAUACGAGAAGAUUGUAAAAGUACACGUAGACAACCCCGUCCCCGUUGAGAAGAUUGUUGAAGUUCCAGUCGUGAAACUGAUCAAGGUGCCCGUACCAGUUGUGAAGAAAUACGCCGUCCCAGUCGUGAAGACUGUCCACCACAAGGCUCACAGCCACAGUCAUGGACACAGCAGUCACGGACACAGCAGCCACGGUUGGUCCAGCUGGUAA